UACCCGUCUGGUAGGAAAUUGAAAGCAAAGUGGCCUGAUAUAAUCAAGUCAGUUUGAAGAGACGACAUUUAAUUUUAGAGGAACGGGGGGGGGGGGACGUCGUUUCUCAUCUUGAACGUGUGUUUCAUCCAAUUACCUUGUUUUGCGCUUUAGGAGGAUCAGCGGCAAGUGGACGUCAGGCUAGGUGGCUACCGUUAGCACAAAGUAGCGGUGGGUGCUAACGCUCCGCAGGCGACGCUCGCCUUGACAAAAGCCAGGCGAGCUUAUUUGGACGCAAAGAAAGAUGUUUUAGACAGACCCGGUCUGCUGGUGACUGUACGACAGCUGGGUCUCGUCUUAAUCGUUCACUUUUCGCGCUUGCGGGUGUGCAAUCGACAUUAGCCGAUCAGCUAAAUUGAUGUUUGGAUUUCGUAAACCGCAGCCCGUUCAAUUCAAACAACUGCAGAGGAGGAGUAAAGAUGAGUCAACUUUGGCGGCGAGACUUACCACUGUCGGAGAGGUUGGGCAAUGACUCUCCUGUGGGCCUGGCCCCAGGGCCCCCAGCCACUGUGGCUCCUCACGGGUCAAACUCCUCACGGGUACCAGAGGCCCCGCUGGUCACGCCUGAGGAGCCCAUUUUCCUCAUGACGUCAACUGCCCAGACGAUAUCGGGCUUCUUUGUUUGGACUGCCCUCCUGAUCACCUGCCACCAGAUCUACAUGCACCUGCGUUACUACAGCUCUCCAAAUGAACAGAGGCACAUAGUGAGGAUCCUCUUCAUCGUCCCGAUCUAUGCCUUUGACUCCUGGCUCAGCCUCCUCUUCUUCACAAAUGAAGAGUACUAUGUGUAUUUCGACACAGUCCGAGACUGCUAUGAGGCCUUUGUCAUCUACAAUUUCCUCAGUCUGUGUUAUGAGUACCUUGGUGGGGAGAGUGCCAUCAUGGCAGAGAUCAGAGGGAAGCCAAUCGAGUCAAGCUGUGUGUAUGGGACUUGUUGUUUAUGGGGCAGGACAUACUCCAUCGGCUUUCUUAGGUUCUGCAAACAGGCGACUCUCCAGUUCUGUGUGGUGAAGCCCCUGAUGGCCAUGAUUACUGUCAUCCUGCAAGCCUUUGGGAAAUACAGAGAUGGAGACUUCAAUGUGGCCAGUGGUUACCUCUAUGUGACCAUCAUCUACAAUUUCUCUGUCAGCCUGUCGCUCUAUGCUCUCUUCCUCUUCUACUUUGCCACACGCGAGCUGCUUAUUCCCUACAACCCCGUGCUAAAGUUUUUCAUGGUCAAGUCAGUCAUCUUCCUCUCCUUCUGGCAGGGUAUGCUGCUGGCUAUCCUGGAGAAGUGUGGCGCCAUCCCUCAGAUCAGCUCCGCUGAGUUCUCUGUGGGUGAGGGCACGGUUGCCGCCGGUUACCAGAACUUCAUCAUCUGCAUUGAGAUGUUCUUUGCUGCAGUGGCCUUGCGCCACGCCUUCACAUACAAAGUCUACAUGGACAAAAGGCUUGACUCAUAUGGCCGCUGUGCCCCCAUGAAGAGCAUCUCCAGUAGCCUUAAGGAAACCAUGAACCCUGGAGACAUGGUCCAGGAUGCAAUCCAUAACUUCUCCCCGGCCUAUCAGCAGUACACCCAGCAGUCCACACUUGAGCAAGGCAGGGGUCCGCCUCUCUCCCGCAGCCACAGUAACCUCAGCACCCGGGGGGACAACGAGAAGACCCUGCUGCUCAGCUCCGAUGAUGAGUUCUGAGGCUCAUGUACAAGAUGCAUGCGGAGGCUGGAUUUCUACUGUCAGAUCAGAUGGGGUUUUUAUCCUCUAUGUAACCUAAAUCCGAUCUUCUCAUUACUACCCAAACUGGGAAAAUUUAAUUCUGUGAGUUUUUGAGACAACUGUUCCAUGUUUAUAUAUAUGACAAUGAAAAGAUCGGAUUUAUGUCGGAGAGUCCUGAGACGCUCUGUUGAUGAACCGCGGGUAAGAAGGGGAUGGAUCAAUUUGAAAGGAAAAGAGAUUAACCGUGGGGAUGAAGUGGUGAACUAGAAAAGGGAUCAUAAAUCAUUUGGAGUGGUUUUAAGUACUGUUUUUAGGGAAUUUGAGGGGCUCCUGAGAAUCUAGGCAUGGGACUUCAUGAACUUGACGAGCGUUGUCCUUGAUGUGCACAUCAGUUGAUUCAUCGCAUUGAGUCCACUCAGUAAGUGCAGCAUCAUUGCACUGUGUAUCUUACAUUGAUUGGUUACAUGCUGACAUAGGAAUUCAUUCACUUGAUGUAUUCAUUUCUCCUAGGAAGUAGAUUUGACAUAACACUGCCAAUAUGGAUCAAUACAAAUAAACACGCUCUUGCAUAUAGAAACCUCAUGCUGCGCUUAACACACCUUCGCAAACUAUGAAAAAUAGAUAUAUGCUACAUAAUAUAAAGCAGGUAAGUGGCAUUCUCAGUUGAAGACCUAUCAUUCUUCAUCCUUAGAUUAUUUUUAUUGAAUGUUAAUCCUCACCAUCUAAUUCACCCCUCUGCCAACUCUGUCUCUUAAAACAUUGCCAAAUAGGGUCCACAAGAUACACUUACUAAGGAUUCAUAUUAUAAUGUAAUUUAUAGGCAAGUGACGUUAAAGGAGUCCCUGAAUUGCUGGAUUAUAUUUUAAUAUAUCUUUUUAUUGGUUUUUAAAAGGAAAUGUUUAAAUGACCUUGAAGGUACAACUCAUUUAAAGGUAACCUGUUGGAAAACUGUAUAUUCCAGAGAUGUUAUGAAUAAGUAUAAAAUGUAUAUAUAAAUGUUUUGUUACAUGUUCAUAUAAACAAGUGGAUGAGGAGCCGGUCAUUGCUCCUUUUUGAAUGCUAUUAAUUGUUGAUGGAGUACGGAGGGAACAGCUGGGGGAGAGAUUUUAGCAUGGGGGAGGGGGCAGAUGGACGGACAUGCCCACGCACAUUGCAGAUUACUGAGGAAGCGACCGCUCUCUACAGAGCUGGCCCAGCUGUAGUGGUUUGUGGAGUUUAAUCCCAUAAUUGGGGCAUUAUGUGUGGCACAGAUCAGGCCUGCUUUUACUGGCACCCUGGAUGCCGUCAUUCAGUAUUUAGUGAGACAGGCUAUAUAUCGUUUACAAUGGUAAACAGAUGUAUUCCAUCAAAUUUGUUGCAGUACCAAAACAAGGGCUUUCAAAACUUGAUGGGCCUGUACAGGUGACAAAGAGAUUUACACAGAUAAUAUUUCUCUCUCUCACACACACUCAUGCACUAUUGAGCUAAUCAGAAAACAAGUACAGACAGAGAGAUACAUUAGAAACUAGACACGGGAAAUGUACAAAAGUAUCAACUGUAUCAAAACCCUCAGCCUAGCCAAUUUACCUUUCACAGUGAGAACAAAUUUACACCAAUACCCAUGGGAUUGUAUUUGUUGACAUUGAUAGUACAUAACAUUGCCUCAUGUUCCAUAUAGAUUAAUACUAGAGGGCUUUAGAGGGUCAUAUUGGUUUUGCACAGGCCUUACAGUCAUUGCCAGUUUGUGAGCUUAUUUGUUCAAUGCUAAGAGUCCAGUGAUUUGCUGGUUGUGUAGAUCAAUUACGCAGGAUAUCUGUGGUCUAAUGCUUUUACUAAGGUUUUACUCCUGAUAUGUCUAAUCCACAAUCCAAAGCACCUCCACAGAAUGUAUAGAUUGACUAAGUGACAUACGAAAGUUCGGGACCUGCGCCAACAAUCACUAAAUAAAGUAUUGAUGCUGGGGUGAUAAAGUCAACAUCAGCCCAAAUGCUGUUUUGAUUUUGUCUCUGGCUGGUAAGGGUGUGUACUCCACAAGCCACUUUGUAUUUGCGUUUGAUAUGUGCCUCUAAAAGAAGGACUCUUCUAUUCCAAAUUCAUAUUUGGCUGGUAAAAUCCCAAAAGUGGCCUCUAAAGUUUAGAAUCUACAAGUCACUACCAGAAGAAUCUACCAGAAAGAAAUCAAUAUUGUAAAUAUGGUUAAAUAAAUGCUGCAAAAUAUUAAUGGUUAUGACUAUAAAAAUAAAAUUUCCUUUGUUUUGUAUUUUAAUCAGUCAUAUUCCUCUUGUUUUAUAGUUUUCCUUAAUCUGUAUAUUAGUAGUAAGAACUCAUGUUUUGGAUGCUACAUUUGUUUCUGCUGGUGAAAUAAAAGACGGUAGACAAAUAGGAAA